GAGUUUCUAGUGAUGUGUAGAAACUAGCUCAUGAAUGAGUCGGAUCCGGAUGUCAUUUUUUAAAAGAGCCGAAUCUUUUUCUAUCUCAUUUUUAAAAGAGCCACACGAGAGCCACACGAGAGCCACACGACAAGACUGGAAUCCCGUUGAAGAGCCGAAAGUGCGGUGACCGGGAGGUUCCGUGUUCCUCGACAGUCGCGGGCUCGUGUGGGCGGAGGCGCGGGUCAGCUGACUGUCACACCGAGUCCCGGAGCCUGAACCCGGGUACACACUGCGCUCGGAGCCCGGUAGGUGCGGAGCUUGGAGGCCGGGCAGUGUCGCUCUCUACCCGUGCUGAGUGGAGCUCGAAAGCCGGUACGUGUGGAGCCGUGAGGCGGGUUCGCGGAGCUUGGAGCCCGGUCUGCUGGAGCUGAGAGCGGGCGGUGAGUGAAGAGCUCCCCGGGGCGCUGCUUAACCUGAGGCCGCCCGUGACGCUGCGCCGGGUCUGUGUGGAGCUCCGAGGCCGGGCAGUGUGGAGCACCGAGGCCGGGCAGUGUGGAGCUCCGAGGCCGGGCAGUGUGGAGCUCUGAGGCCGGGCAGUGUGGAGCUCCGAGGCCGGGGCAGUGUGGAGCUCUGAGGCCGGGCCGUGUCGCUCUCUUCCCGGACUGUGUGGAGUCGCGAGGUCGGCGUGUGGAGCUCUGAGACCGGGUCACCUGUAGCCUGAGUCCGGUUCGGGAGUCCGGUUCGGGAGCACCAUGGCGGCUCUGGAGCUCGCCAUGCAGGGCCUGGCGGUGUUCGGCCUGCUGCUGUUCGUGGUUCUGUGGCUCAUGCACCUCAUGUCCAUCAUCUAUGUGAGGCUCCAUCUUCACCGUAAGCGAGCGGAGGUGAAGCAGCCGUUCUCUCAGAUCAGCGGCGUCUCGCUCCUCAAGCCGCUCAAAGGAGUCGACCCAAACCUGGUGUCCAACCUCGAGACCUUCUUCACCCUGGACUACCCCAAGUACGAGAUCCUGUUGUGUGUUCAGGAUCAGGAUGAUCCGGCCGUCGACGUCUGUAAGAAACUGUUGGGGAAAUAUCCCGGGGUGGACGCUCGCCUCUUCAUCGGGGGGAGGAAAGUCGGGAUUAACCCCAAGAUCAACAACCUGAUGCCGGGAUACGAGAGCGCCAAGUACAACCUGGUGUGGAUCUGCGACAGCGGAAUACGAGUGAAGUCCGACACGCUCACAGAUCUGACCAAUCAGAUGACGGAGAAGGUGGGCCUGGUGCACGGUUUGCCGUACGUCGCCGACCGUCAGGGAUUCGCCGCCACGUUAGAACAGGUGUACUUCGGGACGUCUCACCCGCGCUCUUACAUCUCGGCCAACGUGACGGGGAUCAAGUGUGUGACGGGGAUGUCCUGCCUCAUGAGGAAGGACGUCCUGGACCAGGCUGGAGGACUCGUGUCCUUCGCUCAGUACAUCGCAGAGGACUACUUCAUGGCCAAGGCCAUCGCAGACAGGGGCUGGAGGUUCUCCAUGGCGACCCAGGUGGCUCUGCAGAACUCGGGUUCUUACUCCAUCGCACAGUUCCAGUCCAGGAUGAUCAGAUGGACUAAGUUGAGGAUAAACAUGCUCCCGGGGACGGUCCUGGAGCCCGUCUCUGAGUGUUUCCUCGCCAGCCUCAUCAUCGGCUGGGCCGCACACUACAUCUUCAGAUGGGACAUGAUGGUGUUCUUCAUGUGUCACUGUUUGGCCUGGUUCAUCUCAGACUACAUCCAGCUCACAGGAGUACAGGGCGGUGCUCCGUGCUUCUCUAAGCUGGACUUCGCGGUGGCGUGGUUCAUCCGGGAGUCGAUGGCCGUGCAGAUUUUCCUGUCUGCGCUCUGGGAUCCCACGAUCAGCUGGAGAACGGGUCGGUACCGUCUGCGGUGCGGCGGCACGGCCGAGGAAGUGCUGGACGUCUGACACUUUUACAUAUUUAUUAUUUCACUUUGGACUUUUUGUUUUGGUGCUAAACUGAACAAAGGCACGCCGCCACGAAGCCACGCCCCCUCCUCCUCCUCCUCCAAUCACACGCUCCCUGAACGCCCAUUAACCGCCAAACCCGGGACGCUGAGGCCGCGCUCCUUAAUCCAGUUUUUCUGACAUUUCCGUAAGAUCGGCUCCGUUCCCGUUUCCCGGCACUCGUCUGGAAACGUGCGGACGGACGCUUCCGCUGGAUUCCCGACUCUGGGAAUGUGAUCAAACUGUGUUCAGCGGCCGCAGCGUCGUCACAACCCGCCAGAGAUUUAAACAGGGACGCGACUGAUCACAUUUUUAUUCAAUUCGACAAACUGCGCGGGACAUUUGUGUGAAAUCAUUUAUAAAAGGAAAAAAGGAAGAACACAGCGACAUCUAGAGGAAGAAAAGCACAACAUGUUCUCACUUUUCUACGAUUUUGUUGGACGAGAUGAAGAUUUGACAAGAAUAAACCCAGAAUCAAUCCAGGAUCAAAUUAGACCUAAACCAGGUCUAAAUAAAGUCUAAACUAGGUCUAAAUAAAGUCUAAACUAGGUUUAAAAAAGUCUAAACCAGGUCUAAAUAAAGUCUAAACUAGGUCUAAAUAAAGUCUAAACUAGUUUAAAAAAGUCUAAACCAGGUCUAAAUAAAGUCUAAACUAGGUCUAAAUAAAGUCUAAACUAGGUCUAAAUAAAGUCUAAACUAGGUCUAAAUAAAGUCUAAACUAGGUUUAAAAAAGUCUAAACCAGGUCUAAAUAAAGUCUAAACUAGGUCUAAAUAAAGUCUAAACUAGGUUUAAAAAAGUCUAAACCAGGUCUAAAUCAAGUCUAAACCAGGUCUAAAUCAAGUCUAAACCAGGUCUAAAUCAGAUCUAAACCAGGUCUAAAUCAGAUCUAAACCAGGUCUAAAGCAGCUCUACACUCAGACAUUUGUAAAAGAAACAUGCAGCUGAAGAAAACGACACAUUUUCUGAGUUUUUCCAGAUUUAGUCGGAGCCCAAAGGAAAUCGACUUCCACAUGUUUCCAAACGUAAACGUCAACACAACUUUUCCACAUCGUCCGAGUGUCUCUGUCCAAGUGUGUGUGUGUGUGUACGUGUGUGUGUGUGUGUGUGUGUGUGUGUGUACGUGUGUGUGUGUACGUGUGUGUGUGUGU